CAACAAAAAAAAAACUAAAGUGUUAAAGAAGCUUAAUUAGCUUAUACAAAGCUGUAUGUGCAUCUUUCUCGAGACGUGAAGACAGAUUUGAGGGUUCUAGAACCAGAAGUGCAGCCACAUGUUGCAAUAAAGACUGACUCGCAAUUAAAGAAGUGGAUCACAAAAAAGAUACGCAUCUUCUCAAUCUCAAUGUACUUUAAUAAUUCGAAACCUAAGCAUAGCGUAUACAAAGCUGUACGUAUCAACUCAGCACAUCCAUGUAUAAAAUACCAAUGACCUGAACUCACAUUUUCUAGACCCAGUUACAUUCAAAUAUAACCAACUAUAUAUAUAAACUCAAAAAAUAAUGAAUCCUAUGUUUUACUUCCUUCUUGCCUUAACCACUGUUUUGGCCGUGACCGCAGACCCUGGCGGACCAAUUCUCGACAAUGAUGGUUAUGUCAUAUUCAACGGCAGUUACUUAGUUCGCCCAAUCAUCUUCGGUGGCGGCCUGACUCUCUCCCCCCUUGGUGACAACCAGUGUCCCCUCUACAUCGAACAGCAAUUUUCAAAGGACGACAUAGGCUAUCCCAUAAGAUUCUCAAACUGGGGGUCUGGAGCUAGGUUCGUUCCGGAGUCAGAGAACCUCAACGUCGAGAUGGUCAUCCCAGUUACGACCUGCGUUCAGUCUUCAACCUAUUGGUGGGUCACUGCGACCGAGGGUAGCAAAUGGUUAUUCAUAUCGGCUGGUCCUAAGCCAGAUCCUGGAGAAGCUUCGUCCAAGAGUUUCUUCCAGAUCAAGAAAGUUGGAGAUUUUACUAAUGGUUACAAGAUUAUGUUUUGUAGUAAAGAUAACAACUGCAUCGAUGUCGGGAUAGUUGUGGACGAAUAUGGCGUUCAGCGUUUGGCUUUAUGCACUAUGCCAUUCCUAUGAACAAAGAAGAAAGACUUAAAC